AAAAAAUAAAAAUCCCACAUUCAUUUUUCCAUUACAAUGCCAAAAUUACCCAAGUCUUGCACCUUAUACCACUGCGUGUUAAGCUCUGAUUCAGAGAGCUUGACUUCCCCCAAAGACAAAGCCAGACAUGCCAGAGAAUAUCAUGUUAAGAAAGCAGUCUAUGAAGACCAUGGCACUGGUGCCAUCUUUGAGUGCACUCGCGACGAAUCAAAAGAAUCAAAAUUUCACUGCAUUUGCAAAAUUCAUAUAAAGUCCACUCAUCCUUCAUACGACAUCUUCAGAAUAAGGAGCGUGAGCACCUAAAUGGUUUGGUUCAAAAGAAAGAGGCAUUCAAGGACGAUUACUUUGUACUGAGAUACUGUAUAAACCAGAUAGAGGGUCAGCCUCCAGCGGUGAUG